AUGGAACACACUCCGCCCGAGUCGACAAAUGCUAAUGAAAAUGGAAACGAAAAUAAUACGCUCGCUCAACAAGAAAUAACUGUUGACAAUAAUCCGCCGAGCCCGGUUUGCAUAGCUGCUAGUUCGUCCAGCGAGGACAUACCGCCUCCUAAAGCUGAUUACUACGCGCCGCCCCCCUACGAAGUGGCCACCAAAGGCACCAAACUGCCCACUUACGAAGAGGUGCAGCGAGAAAAGAAUCUCGAGGAACAGGAGAAUACUGUUCCCAUUAACGCACCCACACCGAGGCCAUUGCCUUUUCGUCCAGGUCAAAGAGUUAUAACUAUCGAUGCUACAGAAGCCACCGAGGAUCCCGAUACAUCGCUGUUAGGAACCGAUUUUAUGUUUUAUCUUGCCUUUUUUGUUGCUUUUAUCUUCAAUUGGAUAGGAUUUUUGUUGUUAAUGUGCUUCUGCCAUACGAUCGCUUCGAGAUACGGGGCCCUGUCGGGCUUCGGGCUGUCGUUGGCCAAAUGGACGUUCAUCGUGCAGCAUUCGACUGAAUUGGCAUCCAAAGAUAACAGCUGGUUGUGGUGGCUCAUCAUGACAUUCGGUCUUAUUAUAUGCAUACGUGCAUUACUUCAAUACUUGAGCAUAAAAAGGGGUUGGCACAUGCUGUCGGCUAGUCACCAAGAGAGACUAUUAUUUUUUUAUUAA